GAGGCUUCUUCACUGGUGUCCCAUUUGCAUGGCUCCCUGUCCUGCUCGGGGAAUUAGCCUUUUCUUUUCCAAACAACCCUCCCUCCUGCACUGCACCUCGGAGAGAGAGUGCUUCCAUUCAGCAGCAUUUCUGUUUUCUGAGGCAGACAAUGGAGCAGAGUAUUUAGGACACUUGGCAGGGAAGGCCUAUUGGAGGGGAUGUUGAGGACACGGGCUGCUAAGUAGCUCAUCUCGUCACAUAGCCGCUGGCAUGAUAGCUUCUCCGUAGCAAGGAAAACCUGGCAGUCCUGCUAAUGUUCCAUCAGCUGAGCUUCUAGCUGUAACCCCAGCAGGUGGUUCUCACAUCAGCAUCAUGCUUCACCUCACGCUGCUCUUGCACCUCCUGGCCCUCCUCCUCUCUGCAGAUGCAUCAGUGCAUGAGGAGGUACCUGACUUUUAUGCAGAUGAAGCCACAGGUUACGGGCCGUUUUUUGAGGAGCAGCCAGUGGAUACCAUCUACCCGGAGGAGUCGCCCGAGGCCAAAAUCACCAUGAAUUGUCGCGCUCAAGCCAAUCCACCUGCCACAUACAAGUGGAGACUGAACAAUGUGCUCAUUGAUCUGACUGAGAAGGACAGCCACUACAGCUUAGCAGGAGGCAACCUGGUCAUCAGCAGCCCAAUCAAAACCAAACAUGAAGGAAAAUACAGCUGCUUGGCGACGAACCCCUAUGGGACGGUCAUCAGCCAGGAGGGUUCCGUCCAGUUUGGAUACCUCGAUCUCUUCUCGUCAGAGGAGAGGGAGACAGUGAAAGUCAAAGAGGGACAAGGGGCAGUGCUGCUUUGUGCCCCCCCACCGCAUUAUCCAGCUGAUCUGUCGUUCCGAUGGAUCCUCAAUGAAUUUCCCACCUUCAUCCCGUUGGACAACAGGCGAUUUGUCUCCCAGAAAACUGGUAACCUUCACAUCUCCAAGGUGGACUCAUCAGACACCGGCAACUACUCCUGCAUUGCGUCCAGCCCAUCCAUUUCCAAGAGUGUCUUCUCCAACUACAUUCCCUUAGUGCCUCAGGCUGAGCGUCCCAACAGGAAAUACCCCGCUGACCUCGAAGUCAAGUUCCCAGACACCACAGCUCUGGUCGGUCAGAAUAUCACACUGGAGUGCUUUGCUUUGGGGAACCCCGUCCCUGAGAUCCACUGGAAGCGGAUAGGAGGAAAUCUGCCCCCGAGUCAUGAGGUGCGGAUGGCAGGGGCUCAGCUUCACCUGUUCAAUGUGCAGCCUGAAGAUGAAGGGACUUAUCGGUGUGAAGCCGUGAAUUCAAAAGGGAAGGACCAUCACACGGCACGAGUGUAUGUAGAAGCUUUUCCUGAGUGGGUGGAGCACAUCAGAAGCACAGAGAAAGACCUCGGCAGUGACUACACCAUGAACUGCGUGGCCAGUGGCAAGCCCAAACCACACAUCCGCUGGCUGAAGAACGGCGAGCCGUUGGACCGGAAGGAGAUGAGGUUCAGCAGCUUGACGUUCGAUGAUUCUGGGAUGUACCAGUGUAUGGCAGAGAACCGCCAUGGCGUCGUCUAUGCCAACGCAGAGCUGCGUGUGUUCGCCUGCGCGCCCACGUUCGAGCACAGCCCGGUGAAGAGAGUCCUCGCAGCUAGAAACGGCCGGGUGGUGAUUGUAUGUCGACCCAAAGCGGCUCCAAAGCCCACUUUCUCCUGGAGCAAAGACACGGAGCUGCUUUCCAACUCCACCAGAGUGUUUAUCUGGGAGGAUGGGAGCCUGGAGAUCCUCAACGUGACGCGAGCAGACGAGGGCAGGUACACCUGCUUUGCCGAGAAUGACCGAGGCAAGGCCAACAGUACCGGCUCGCUACUAGUCACAGACUCCACAAAGAUCACCUUGGCACCGUCCAACGCUGACGUCAAAGUCGGUGAGAACGCGUGGAUGCAGUGCGCCGCGUCUCAUGACCCCGCCCUGGACAUCACCUUCAUCUGGUCCGUGGACGGUCAGGUUAUCGACCUACACAAGGAGAGCCGACACUAUGAGCGCACCCCGAAUGGAAGCUCCAACGGUGAGCUCCUGAUCAAGAACGCCCAGCUGAAGCACGCCGGACUCUACACCUGCACCGCACAGACGCCCGUUGACAAUGUUACGGCCUCUGCUCACCUCGUUGUCAGGGGUCCGCCCGGCGCCCCGGGAGGGGUUCGAGUGAUAAACAAAAGUGACAAGAGUGUAACGUUGCAGUGGAGCCGUGGAGCCGACAACCACAGUCCCAUCUCCAAAUAUACCAUCCAGUACAGGGACGCCUUCUCCAAAGAAGUCUGGAAGAAUGCCACUACAUCCCCUGCGGAUGUAGAAGGGAACGCAGAGGCGGCCACGGUGGUCGAUUUGUUCCCCUGGACAGAGUAUGAGUUCAGGGUUAUCGCCACCAACACUCUGGGUACAGGAGAGUCCAGCAGCCCGUCGCCUAAAGAGAAAACACUGGAAGCGGUUCCUGUGGUGGCGCCCUCGGACAUCGGCGGGGGUGGAGGGACAAGCAGAGAACUGACCAUUACAUGGACGCCCGUGCAGCCACAGUACUACUACGGGCCUAAUUUCGGCUACAUUGUGGCCUUUAAACCCCAAGACGACAACGAGUGGAUGAAGGUGACGGUGGCUGAUCCGCAGGCCAAACGCUAUGUCCACAAGGACUCGUCCAUCCCUCCCUCCACAGAGUUCCACGUGAAAGUCAAGGCAUUCAACAGCGCAGGAGAGGGGCCCUACAGCCUAACAGCCGUCAUUUAUUCGGCUCAGGAUGCUCCAUCUGAAGCCCCUUCGGGUGUCGAAGGCAGAGCCCUCUCCGCCACAGAAGCCUUUGUGUCGUGGCUGCCUCUCCCACAGAGCAAUAUAGAUGGAUACCAGCUGAAGUACUGGAGGAAUCAGGAAGACAGCGAGGGCGGGGCCCAGAGGGUGGUGGUUCCCAGCCGGGAGAACCACACCAGGCUGGAGGGAAUGAAGCCCAACUCACACUACGUUGUUGAAGUUCGGGGCUACAACACUGCAGGAUUCGGGCCCUCCAACACUAUCAGCAUCCACACCAAGAAAGCCCCUCCAAGCCAAGCCCCCAGAAUAAUACGGCAAAAGUUAAAGGGCAAGUCUAUAAAUCUUGCCUGGGAAAACGUGGAACCACUGGCUAAUGAAGCAUCGAUAAAUGGCUACAAGGUGCUGUGCAGGCAGCAGGGCCACUCCACAGGCCCCGUGUACAUAACCAGCCACAGGCACAUAGAGGUUCCCCUGCCCGAGGAGGGGAACUACGUGGUGGAGGUUCGGGCGCACACGGAGGGAGGAGACGGCGCUGUGACGCGGAUCAACAUCACAGGUGGGGGUGUCAUGGCCGCCCGGUCUCUCGGCCUCCUCUCCCUGCUCCUGGUGGCCCUCCUCUGCCUCAGCCUCUGAAUGUAGCACCAUCUUCACUUCCCGAGCGGAGGACUCUGUUGUGGUUGAAGCCUAUGCGGACUUUAGGACUCUUUCCACGAUGUUUUGGUUCGACCCCGUAACCCUGGACGUUAUAUUCCAACUCCCACCCUCUGGAAUAUGUUUGUGGAAAAAGACACAUAAAUGGAAAAAUUGGAAAUGGACGAAGACAUCCUUUAUUUAUCCACAAAAGCCUCUUUGAAGGAGUGUCAAAGGAGAUAUGUCAGCUGUUUAAAUAUGCCUUAUAUAAAUGUCUGCACUUGUCAUUCACAGUGACUUGUUGAAACUUGUGUAAUGGAUCAUAACCAAGGUGCAAAUGUUUCACUUUGCAUGAGUUGGAUGUUUUGUCUUUUUACAUCAUGGAGCCGACUUUUCCGAUCAGAAGCGUCGGCUUCACUUGGUAAAAUCUAUCCCGCAGGACAUUCCAUAGCUGAAGGUGAACGAGUAGCUGUGAAGGAGAAGUGUAUGAGUUUAUGAAAUUGUCUUUAUGUCAUUCUUUACCUGCAGUUCAGUGUAAUUUUCUUUUCUAAAUGAAGAAACCCUCUGUUACAGAGAUACCGUCAAAGCGAAUCUUAACCUCUUAUACAUGAUUUUAUUAACAAGCAUCAUAGAGAAAAGAGCCAUUUAUGUCAUGCUGAAAUAAUAUAUUCAAUAACAGAUAUCGUUUUGCUAUCUAAUAUACUAUGGAUGCUCUCUGAAGAGAAGUGAUUGGUCUGACUUGCAAUCUAUGCUGACUUCCAAAUCCAUCUACGUUCCAUGUUUAGCUACAAUAAUUCGUGUGUGCAAAGCUGAAUGUAAAGCGAAGGACAGAGCGACCUGUCGGACGUGCAGUUCAACCGCUGCAUCGAACGUGUGCGUGUGAGACUCUAAAUGUUAUACAGUAUGUGUGCGUCUGUGCGGCGACCAAGGCUUCGCCGUAGAAUCUGGGUCACUGUUGGAACCGAGGCUGGAAACCGCUCCACGUUCGCCCUCUUUUGUUUUGACCACGGAGGAACCAGCUGGAGCUUUGUGUAGAACGCUGGCUUUUAUUUUGUGUACAUUUUCAUUUCACUCCUCUCGUUUAUGGCUUCGAGUGUCUGACAAAGUGGCUGCUUUCUUUUCCAAUGAGACAACUUGCUUCGCUGCAGCAAGCUGCUACAGUUUAAUUCACUUUUCAGUAUCCGCAGAAAAGAAAAACCCUCCACGUCAGCGGUGAGAGCCCACAAAGAGCUCACGAUGUUCCACUGCACGGUUUAGAUCGAUUAUCCAAUGAUCAGAAAUAUAUAAACAUUAUCAACUAUUGUUUUUGACUCUUAUAUAUGUGGCUUCACCCACCUCCGAUUAGACACUUUAACAUUUAUUUGGAGUGCGGAAUGAAAAGCAGUUUUGAUUUCUGACCAGGCUUCUACAUUGUGACUAAAUCAACAUCCACCACAAAGUGCUUUUCCCAGUUUCCCUUCAUGCAACAAGUCAUAAAAAGAGUUGCCAAAUGCACGAACGCCUUGAACGCUGACAUUGCUGACGAAGCGGCGGCUCUCCAUCCUAACACGCAUGACGUCGGAGACCAAAGUGGUGCGUUUCUUUGCGACGGAUCGGCUUCGCGUGCGGUAAAAUACAUUCCACGACCGAGUGACACCCCUUUACGACCGAACAGCGUCGGUCCACGGCAGUCACGUGUACAGUAGCUGCUGAGCUCCAUUAAACCGGUCAGUUCACAUCAGGUCCUGGUGUGUGGGGUUCUAGAGGCGGCGGCGGCGUGUUCGGCUGUUUGUACAGUUCGGUGCUUCGCUGGUUGAGAACAGCACAUGUGAGGGAGGAAACUGGAACCUUUCAUUGACUGAACAAGGAACAAUAAAGAUGUAGUUGACUACUGA